CAUUUUGGCCAGGGAAGUGGUCAGAUCUGGUUGGAUGAUGUGGGAUGUUCAGGAAGUGAAUCAUCACUCACACAGUGCUCACAUCCUUCAUUUGGAACACAUAACUGUGGUCAUUCUGAAGAUGCAGGUGUCGUCUGCACAGGCCAAUUACCAGACAUAAAGUUGGUCAGUGGUUCUGAUUCAUGCUGUGGAAGAGUGGAGAUCCGUUAUAAUGGCCAGUGGGGAACCGUGUGUGAUGAUAACUGGGACAUGAAUGAUGCUGCUGUGGUGUGCAGACAGUUACAGUGUGGAUCAGCCAUCAGUGCAACUCAUAGUGCCGCUUUUGGUCAAGGCAGUGGAUCGAUCUGGCUGGAUGAUGUUGAAUGUUCAGGAAGUGAAGGAACCCUCACACAAUGUUCACACCGUGGAUUAGGAACAAAUAACUGUAAUCAUGGUGAAGAUGCUGGUGUUGUUUGUUCAGGUGAGCUGCAGAUGCCGACCCUUUCCCUGACCUCCACACAUGCAGUUGUUUCUCCUGGAGAAAAUAUCCAGUUCAGAUGCACAACACCUAAACCAAGAUGCAAUGUUAAUGCUGAAUUCCAGCUCUUCAGAAACGGACCAUCCAUAUCCUCCCAGAAACAUGUAUCUAGUGUGACUUUCAGUCUUGUUAAUGUAGACGUCUCACAUCAGGGAAGCUACAGCUGUCAAUACUCCUAUCAAAACAACAUCAAGUCGCCCUUGAGUAACACUGUUAUCAUCACUGUAGUGAACUUGCAGCAGCCCAGCAUUUCGUGCAAUGCUCCUGAUGGACAGUUUGUUGUGGGGUCUCAGGGGCCAGUGAUCACCAGGGGCCACGGUUUCACUAUCAUCUGUUCCACUGAAUCUCAGUAUCCUGGAGGCUCUUUUCACCUGUUCAGAGGGUCAAACAUCAUCAGGAGUGAGUCAGCUGUCAGUCACUCCUCCUCCUUCUCCUUUCCUGAGGCAGAUUAUUCACAUGAGGGAAACUACAGUUGUGUUUAUGAAGUCAGUGUCUCCUCACGCUCCUUCAGUUCAUCUGCCUCUGAACUGCUGCUCAUCACUAUCACAGUGAACUUGCAGCAGCCCAGCAUUUCCCACAGUGCUCCUGAUGGACAGUUUGUUGUGGGGUCUCAGAGGCCAGUGAUCACCAAGGGCCACAGUUUCACUAUCAUCUGUUCCACUGAAUCUCAGUAUCCUGGAGGCUCUUUUCACCUGUUCAGAGGGUCAAGCAUCACCAGGAGUGAGUCAGCUGUCAAUCACUCCUCCUCCUUCUCCUUUCCUGAGGCAGAUUAUUCACAUGAGGGAACAUAUAGUUGUGUUUAUGAAGUCAGUGUCUCCUCACGCUCCUUCAGUUCAUCUGCCUCUGAACUGCUGCUCAUCACUAUCACAGUGGACUUGCAGCAGCCCAGCAUUUCCCACAGUGCUCCUGAUGGACAGUUCGUUGUGGGGUCUCAGAGGCCAGUGAUCACGAGGGGUCACAGUUUCACUAUCAUCUGUUCCACUGAAUCUCAGUAUCCUGGAGGAUCUUUUCACCUGCUCAGAGGGUCAAACAUCACCAGGAGUGAGUCAGCUGUCAAUCACUCCUCCUCCUUCUUCUUUCCUGAGGCAGAUUAUUCACAUGAGGGAACAUACAGUUGUGUUUAUGAAGUCAGUGUCUCCUCACGCUCCUUCCGUUCAUCUGCCUCUGAACUGCUGCUCAUCACUAUCACAGCCUCCCUGCUUCCUGUCAUUGGUGCUGCAGUGUCAGCUGUGCUGCUCUUAUUGUCUGUCCUCAUAAUCAUCCUCCUGCUGAAGAGAAGACAAAAACAAAGGAACAAGGAAACUCAUUCGAAGUGCUCUUUUACCAAAGGUGCGUCCCAUGAUGAAAAUGAAGAUGAUGAUGAGGCUAUUUAUGAAAAUGUAGAAUUUGGUGAAAACAUGGAUCAUGAUGAUUCUGAACGGGACUAUAUUAAUGUGGACUCUGAUAAAUCUGAACAGGACUAUAUUAAUGUGGACUCUGAUCAAUCUGAACAGAACUAUAUUGAUGUGGACUCUGAUCAAUCUGAACAGGACUAUAUUGAUGUGGACUGUAAUUAUUCUGAAGAGAACUAUGUCAAUGUAGAUAUUACAGAGUAAAGUGUGGUAGACAAAUCUGAUAAUAACAUGAAAGCUGUUGUGAUUAAUACUGAGUGAACCAAAAAACUACAAUUAUUGAGGCUUAAAAGAGAUUAAUUAUAGCAGUUCAGUUGACAGUGUAAUGAGCAAAGAGACAACAGAUGAUUACAAUUCUGCAAAUCUAUUGUGAUGAAUAUGAGUGACUCUAAUACAGUGCAUUCAUUCUAAGCACUGCAGUGUUCAUCACAGCCUGCUGCACAUCUUCCAACUGGUACAUAUUGUUUAGUGUAAUCAGUGAUUCAAGUCAACUGUGUCCCAGAGAUAUCAGAUCGUUUCUUAAACACGUUUAGUGAUGAGUGAAAUGGAGAGGGAGUUUUCUUUUUAUGUAUGUCAAACAGAAAGUAUUUGUUUGAUCUUGCUAGGUCAUUCCGUGUCAGCUAAAACAGAGGUCCGCAGCUCAAAUUUUAGAUUUUGCUAAUAUUUUUUCUGAAGAAAGAUACAUAAUGAUGAAAGCCAAAAUAUUAAAUGUCAUGGAUGAAUAUUUACUGAGUAAUCCACUAUUUUGUAGUGUGAGGUCAAAAUGUCAAUUUUCACCUUAGAUUCAGGGUCAAGUUACAGGGGGUAAAAGUGACUUCAGAAAGAUGGCAACAUCAUGAUGUUAUUUUUACAAAGAGAUUGGUGGUAAUAUUAGUAAAAUAUGUUGGCUGUAGUAAUGCUUGUUGCAUUAUGUGCCAAUGGUGACCAUUCAAAAUUGGGGAAACAAAACUUUUCAAGUUUUUCUCCAAUGUUUGCAUGCCUGUAAGUCAAGAAGUAUUAAAGAUAUUUUAAUGCCCUUUAAGAUAUUGGGUCU